AGAUGAAGACAGCAACAGUUUUUCUCUUUCUGGCUGCCACCAUUAUUAAUAGCCAGGCAAUAGAAAGAUGUGUUUUGGUAGAAGCAUUAAGAAACGCUGGAGAUGUCAGCAUUAAAGGUUAUACUAUAGCUGACUAUGUGUGCCUAGCUAGCUAUGCGAGUCACUAUGAUACUUCCUUAAACAUAAGCGCAACAGAGUACGGAAUAUUUCAGAUCAACGGCUAUUGGUGGUGUGAUGAUAAAAAAUCUGUAGCACGCAAGAACUUAUGUGGAGUACUAUGUACAGAUUUGCUGAAUCAUGAUCUUGAAGAUGAUAUAAAAUGUGCUAAAAGAGUUGUACAAGACCCCAAAGGAUUUAAUGCUUGGAUACCUUGGGUAAAAUAUUGUAAAGGGAAGAAUCUGGAUGAAUUUGUUGCAGGAUGUUAACUGGGCCGGAGAGAUACAAUGAACUUAUGACAAUUUUAUAUACUGCAUCAUCCAAAGCAGAUGAAAAUGUCUGUUACACAUCUGACCAUAUACAAUCCAAAUAAAAAGUAGAUGCUUUACAACUG